AUGGAACUGCAGCGCACAGCGGCCCGCGGCGCCGAGCACAGCAACGCAGCCUUCCAGGCCUUCCUUAGUGAUGGCUUCAGCAAUACAGGGUAUCAGAAUGAAGACACCUUUCUUGAAAACCAGAACACAUCAGGAAACAACUCGACAAGGAGUAGAGGCGUGCAAAGCAGGGAGCACGUAAACACCGAGCAGGACGAAGAACAGGUCACUAUAGAGCAGGAUUCUCCAAGAAACAAAGAAGACAUGGAAGAUGACCAAGAGAUGCAUCAAAAAGGGUAUUUGGAAAGGAAGUAUGAUACAGUCUGUGAUUUUUGUAGGAAACACAAAACCACUCUUCGGUAUAUCAUCUGGGGCAUUUUAUUAGCAGGUUACCUGGCCUUGGUGAUCGCAGCCUGUGCACUGAACUUCCACAGAGCCCUUCCUCUCUUUGUGAUCACUGUGACGGCCAUCUUCUUUGCUGCCUGGGACCACCUGAUGGCCAGAUAUGAGCAUCAAAUUGAUGAGUUCCUGUCUCCCAGCAGAAGGCUUCUGAACGGCCACUGGUUCUGGCUGAAGUGGGUGAUCUGGAUCUCACUGAUCCUGGUGGUUAUUUUCUGGCUGACCUUUGACACCGCCAAAUUGGGCCAACAGCAGCUGGUGUCCUUUGGUGGGCUUGUAAUGUACGUUAUCCUGAUAUUUCUAUUUUCCAAACACCCAACCAAAGUUUACUGGAGACCUAUAUUUUGGGGAAUUGGGUUACAGUUUCUUCUUGGGUUCUUAAUUCUAAGGACCAGCCCUGGAUUUAUAGCUUUCAACUGGCUGGGUAGACAAGUUCAGACUUUUCUGGAGUACACCGACGCUGGUUCUUCAUUUGUCUUUGGUGAGAAAUACACAGAUCACUUCUUUGCGUUUAAGGUCCUGCCAAUCGUGGUUUUCUUCAGCACUGUGAUGUCCAUGGUCUACCACCUGGGACUGAUGCAGUGGAUCAUUAGAAAGGUGGGAUGGAUAAUGCUAGUUACUAUGGGAUCAUCUCCUAUUGAAUCUGUAGUUGCUGCUGGCAAUAUAUUUAUUGGACAAACCGAGUCUCCACUGCUGGUCCGACCAUAUUUACCGUACGUCACCAAGUCCGAACUCCACGCCAUCAUGACAGCUGGCUUCUCUACGAUUGCUGGAAGUGUCUUAGGCGCGUACAUUUCUUUUGGGGUUUCGUCCUCCCACUUGUUAACAGCUUCAGUUAUGUCAGCGCCCGCAUCAUUGGCUAUUGCUAAACUCUUCUGGCCUGAGACAGAAAAACCUCAAAUAACCCUCAAGAAUGCCAUGAAAAUGGAAAGUGGUGACUCAAGGAAUCUGCUAGAAGCUGCAGCACAGGGAGCCUCCUCGUCCAUCUCCCUGACAGCAAACAUCGUUGUGAAUCUGAUCGCCUUCCUGGCCCUGCUGUCUUUUGUGAAUUCAGCCCUGUCUUGGUUUGGAAGCAUGCUUGACUGCCCACAGCUGAGCUUUGAGCUAAUGUGCUCCUACAUCUUCAUGCCCUUUUCCUUCAUGAUGGGAGUGGACUGGCAAGACAGCUUUAUGGUUGCCAAACUCAUAGGCUAUAAGACAUUCUUUAAUGAAUUUGUGGCUUAUGAGCAACUCUCAAAAAUGAUCCAUUUGAGGAAAAAGGCUGGACCCAAAUUUGUGAAUGGUGUGCAGCAAUAUAUAUCGAUUCGUUCUGAGACAAUCGCCACUUACGCCCUCUGUGGUUUUGCCAAUUUCGGUUCCCUAGGAAUAGUGAUCGGCGGACUCACAUCCAUGGCUCCUUCCAGAAAGCGUGACAUCGCCUCAGGGGCAGUGAGAGCUCUGAUCGCAGGGACCGUCGCCAGCUUCAUGACCGCCUGUGUUGCAGGCAUACUCUCCAGCACUCCCGUGGACAUUAACUGCCAUCACGUUUUAGAGAAAGCCUUCAACUCCAGCUCACCUAGAAACACAACCAACGUGGUAUCCUGUUGCCAAAGUCUAUUGAACAGCACUGUUGCCAAGGGUCCCGGUGAGGUCAUCCUGGGAGGAAACCACAGCCUGUAUUCCUUGAAGGACUGCUGCAUACUGUUGACCCCAUCAACACUCAACUGCAGUUGGAUCUCCUAA